CCGAGAGAAGUCAGAUAAUUACCUCAACCGGUGACAGCCAUGUGAUGGCCCCGUGCCGCUCAUCGCUGUGGCUGCUUCCGCUGGCCGCGAGCGAGACUUUGCACUCGUGGAAUGGUGACCAUCGCGACUGGUGUUGGUCCCAGCGCCCGAGCGCCAGCCCGGAUGCGUGUUGCUUUCGCCCUGAAGCCUCCUCCGUAGAAGUGCAGCGGCGCUGCUGGCCGCCGGCCAUGGUAGGCGUGGCCUUCCUCAUGUGUUGCCUCUCGGUGGAGCACGGCCGCACCGUUGCCGCCCGUGCGCUGCCGGACGUUGAUCGCUGGAGGGAGCCGGUGGACGUGGAAGAGGCCUUGCGGUCGGAGUUGGCGGAAGGCUUUGGGCCACUGCAGAGCGCCUACAAUGCCAAAGAUGCCGCGGUGCUCUUGCAGCUGUCCAUGGCCAUACCAAAGUUGUGGGCCACUUUCUCAGCCACGCGGAGGCUGGCCUCUCAAUUGCUGUACUACGGCAGGGCAGACCUCUAUGGUCACCAGGAGGUUAUGGCCUGGUCUGAAGGUCCGAUGGAUGUCGAGCCGGGUUGGGAGUUGUUGUGGGUGACGGUGAUGCCACCCUUGCUUCACGUGCACAUACCUUCCUUGCCUUUGACAAUUGCCAGAUCACCCACUCCCUCGGCUUUUGGUGAAGAGGUGACCCUGGAAGCCUUCUUACAGACCCAUGUGCAGCGCGUGCGCGAGAUUUGGGAGGCGCCUCGAAUGGGACGAGCCCAAGCUGUUUGGGAGUUAUGCCACGAGACUGCUCGCCUCUCUCAGAGUCUGGUCCUCUUGGCCAUGGGCCCUUAUUUGCUUCAAACAGCCCGUGAGAGGGCCAUGCUGCGAGUGGCGGAGCCACCGCUUUUUCAGAACGCCUGUUGUGAGCGCUACAGGAUCCUUUUGUGGCUCUUGCGGGACUUGCAGCGGGAACUUGGGCGAGAGAAGCUGGUCUAUGUCGAAGUGGGAGUGUCGAAAGGCCAGACGGCACUCUUUCUGCUGGAGGCCUUGCCUUGGCUGGAGGCAUAUCUGGUUGACAAUGAGCCACCAGACGAGCUCUUGCAAGCGCUCCCCACCUUUGCUUCCAGGGCGCGUUUGGUCAAGAUGGACAGCCGAGAUGCUGCUGAUCAACUACGCUCCCAGCAUGUGGACUGCGUUUUCCUCGACGGCGACCAUUCCUACGAGGCUGUCGUGCAGGAUUUGGAGGCCUGGGACGGUGGCGACGGAGCCACGAGUCGGACGGGCCCGGAGCUGCUGGUGGGCCACGACUUCUCCUGGGAGCAUCCUGGCGUCAUCGAAGCUGUACUGCAGCACCGCGCCGGCCAAGUGGUGUCGUUGGCGCCUGACCACGUCUUCUAUUGGCGGGCCAACAGCAGCGGGCUCGGAAAAAG